CCCUUCGCGGUGUCGCAACUCUGACAUGAACAAAGCCUGAACAUGCCAGGCUUCAACCGCAUGUGAAAAAGAAAGUUUCCCUGUAGCUUGUAACGAACAGGAACAAUUCUGAACUGUUUUUAUUUCACUAACUUCAGUUGAUCCGUGUGCUGAGUUGGUGCCAGUCAUGAGUGAAAAUCUUCAUCUACCGCUAUCAUUUGAAAUUAUGAGUAGAUCAUUUGUUUUCUCGCACUUUAGCCUUUCCAUUAUUUUGGUGAAGCAAGAACUUUAUCUCAUCAGUCCAUUCACCCAGAAGGCUCGUCUCUGUACUUUUUGGCAAAUUCCAGCCUGGCCUUCCGAUCUUAGCUAAUGAGUGUUGUGCAUCAAAAGACUCUUUCCAACAACCAUUUGCCAUUUUUACAUUUUUGUCCACAGCAGGACUCAAACGUGUAACCCUCCGCCUCCGAAGCCAAAGUCCUUACAGAUGAGCUACUGCUGCCCCAGGUGAUUGUGUGAGUUACAGCAAAACGAUUGAGCAGUUGCUCUGAUUAUUUUCCCAUUUUGUUUUAGCUUCCAAAUGGCUGUUUUUUUCUCGUUUUUUUUUACCAAUAGAGAGCUCUCUGUUUUUUUGCGUUGAUUACACCUCUAUCUUGUGUCAAUGAAGUUUUCAUGAGGGAAACCCCCAAAACUGUACGUUUUUCUAGACGGUAUGAAACCUUAACUUUGUGCAAAUUGUCUUUGGCGAGUGUUUCUGAUUAGCAAUCCAGAUACUUAUUAAUCAGUUUUCUAUGACAUUCUUAUUUUUUUUUAAUGAUAACUGUUUAAAAACACACACAAACUAACAAAAAUGUUCGACUUCCAUUGACUUUGUAAAUAACAUCUGAACUCAUGAGCAACUGUUAUCAAAAGUGGAUUUAAAGAUCGUCAACUGGAAAUAGUAGUAUGUUUCUGUUUCCGUUUGUUCGUUGGGGGGAGGGGGUCCGUCUCGGAAUCCAUGUGGAUUCUGUGGUAGAUUGUACCCUUCACACCAUCGCCAUCCUUAUUCAGAUUGGAACCAAGAAAUGGAUGGGAGUGGGUAAUGGAUUGUUUGUGAAAUUUUUGCGUAAUCCUAUUUGCAUAUCAGCAAUUGAUUAUCCAAACACAACCUUUCACAAGGUGAGACAAGGUAGUAAGUCACAAGUUAGCUUUUUUCUUUUGUUUUGUUUUUUUGGGAAGAGCUUUAUUUUAAUUGUAAUGGAAGACUGCGUGGAACAGACCAACACUGAGUACCACUGUAAACAAUGAACAUUUGUAGAUACUGAUGAGUUUGCAUAGCCCCUGUGGGAGAACUGUAUAGUUGUGUGCUCAGUUUAUUGUUGUUAAUGCGGUGGUAGACUUAGUUGCUUUUGACAAAGGACUCGUAGAGGGCAAUCAGAUGAGCCUGGAGGUCCUGGGUGUAGGGGUCCAGGGUCUCCUUUAACUCUCCGACGUAAGGGGUGGCCAGGUCUUUCACCUGCUGGGCUCUCUGGGUCAGCUCAAUCUGGACUUUCUCAGCCAUUGGGGACACGUUGUCCUUAAAGAGCUGAAGGUGCUCCUCCACCUUCUCCCUCAGGUCUUCGGUGUGGGGCCCCAGCUGAGCCUGCAGAUCAGCCACACUCUGCUCCAGGUUGGCCUUGAUCACCUCGCUCCUCCUCACGAGUUCGGUCUUGAGGGUCUCGGAAUCCAUGGUGAGAAGGUGGUUGAGGUCUGACUGAAGUUGCUCAAUUCUCUCCUGGACCUCGGCCCUCAUGGUGUUGGUGUAGGGCUCCAUCUUCUCACGGACGGCGUUCAGCUCCAGGGUCACGCGCUCCUUCAGGAUAUCUGCCUCAGCGCUCACCUUGGCAAUCAGGUCCUUGGCCACAGGGGGGAGCUGCUCGUGCAGGGUGACGGCGUACUGGUUGGCCAUGUCAGUGCCAUCGGUCAGCCGGGCACUGGAAGACCAUGAAGACAGGACCAUGAGACAACAUCAUAUGCUAUAGAAGAUCACGGAAAGGCUUCGAGGCAUACCUGAUGUCCUGUCCCAACUGAGACUUCUUGAUCAUCUGGAUGGUGUCAUCGGCGGUCUGAGUGGCUUUGGCGACGUAAUCCCAGAAGGCAUCAGUCAGUACCUCCAGCUGGGGCUUGGGUGCAUCAGCAUAGAAGAGGUUGGCAUUGCAGCCUGGUGCAUGGACAGAGACAAAAUAAGAAGGUUAGUUUGGUUAAUUUCCCACAGUCCUGCAAAAUUCUUCCAUUUUCAACAAUAAAGGAUUCAUAGCGUAGCACUGAGGUUUUCACAGAAUCUAGCGUUUGAUUGAUUAAUCUGUUUGGUCAACUGUGUCCUUGGUCCCAUAAAAGUAAUAUAAUUUGGAAUUUGGCAAAUAUUUAGGGUGAUGAGGAUGGAGCUACCAGGCAAGAGAGCAAGAGGAAGACCAAAGAGAAGGUUGGUGGAUGUCGCGAGGGAAGACAUGAAGGCAGUUGGUGUUCCAGGAAGAUGGAGGAGAUAGGCUUGCGUGGAAAAGCAUGACACGCUGUGGCAACCCCUAUCGGGACAAGCCGAAAGGAUAUAUACAGGAUCUGAGCAUACAUCAGAGCUGAGUUGAAGGUAUUAAAUAUGUCCAUUUUAGCUUUUUCUUUGGCUUUUCGAGGUUAAUUUCUAACAUUUACUUUAAAUGAUGGACCAUCUUUAAUACAUGGUGUUGAGAGAAGAAAAAGUCCAAGGCCAAUAAAUGCAGAGCUAAGACAAUAGAAAGACAAAUUCUUCAUCUAGUCGGAUUCAAACUCAGCUAUGCCUCUGGAUUCUCCUUCUCUGAAAGUGUUUUCUGAAAGAGACUAAUACUUUGUCUUCUCUGAUCGGGUGGCUUUGUACUCACCUGUGAAAACGGCCAGAACCAGGACAGCGAGGACCUUCAUACUUGUUGGAUCUAGAGUGACAAGAUACACCACUUAAGUUAGCGAUGAACAUUUUAGCCCAAUAGAAUGAUUGAGCAAACAAAAAGAAGAUACUUAGAAGGUCUGGUCUUUCUUACCUGUUGAGAGUAUCUGCCAGAAAAAACUCUGCAGUGCUUCUGCUCAACCGUUGCGCUGCGGCAGCUUUUAUAGAGAAGCAGAUAAUAAUGAUCCCAAAGUCCAGGCCGCAUGUGCCUUGCUGUCACUCACUAUCUCCAAUGAUGUCCUAAGCAAAAGCCCACAUCCUGAGGACUUAACCCUUUUCAGAAUGUAUCACUAGAUUUCAUGUUCAUUCUCAUGAUUUUCAACCCGAAAUAAACUUUUAUCUGUAGACUCUGAUGUAUAGCUGAUUUGAUUGCCGCAAAAAAAAAAAAAUAAUAAUAAUAAUAAUUCUCCACGGUGUCUCAUUGGUUUUACACUUUGCCAGCUCACCUCCCAUACCUUCUGGGUCAAAGUUCCCAUGACAGCCGCCAUGAAUCAGUCUGACCAAGGGUCAGCAAACUGCGCCAUCGUCACCCUCUUAAGGUGUUCACCUUAAAUGUAAAAUGACGUCAAAAGACAUUAUGUGAGGUCACCGCAGGGUCUUACGUCUCCAUAAUGAUUGAUUUAUCAAAAAGUCAAAGUCAAACUAUUUAAAUUAGAAUAAAGCAAGGAAAUUAGGACUAUAUCACGUCAUUGAAGCAAAGUGAUCCGCCAGUAGAAGAGGAAAACCGGACUUGGCAAGAUUUCUUAAAAGAAGUAGGGCUUGACAUAAACACUCGCCAACCCGCCAAAUGCGGGUAACUCAGCCACUCUGUCUAGCCACUUUGCCGGGUUGAAUUUUAUAUAUAUAUUUAAUUGUAGUGUAAAAAAGGCCACAAAGUCAUUCACUGUUCAAGGGAAAUUGUUCAUCUUUAGUGCCUUAAACAUUUAUAAAUUGAAUAAUGGUGUUUGAGAAGUUUACUUCACAUGAUUUGCGCAUGCGCAGUGGCACGUGUGGCUUGAGAAGCAGAGGAUGUGACGCAGGCAGAAGUCUGGGGAGAACGUGUGAGCAGUAUUGUGAGUUCGUGCAGCAGUGUGCAUCAAUGACCCAUAAGUAGUAUCUUUCAAAUACAUGUGCAUGUAAACACAUUGUUAUAUUAUAUAUUAUAUUGUUAGCUGUAGUUUUGCCGGAGUGGUUUGUUAGCGUUUUUGAUGCAACGUUAAUUAGUGAACCUUUUGCCAUGAUCAGUAAGUUAGCGUCAGUCCACACCGCAAGUGGUGUGCUGGAAGUAGUGCGAAUCUUGACUUUCAAAAUAAGUACGUCAACCAGAAGUGCUGUGUUGGCUGCUUAAAUGUUGCUGGCUUAUCAGCAUUUUGAUAAACCUGCUUUGUAAAGUGUUUUUAAAGUUUUUUUUUUUCCAAUCAUAUGUUGUGUGCACUUGGCCUAUAUUGGUCCUUUUUUGUCUUUCUCUUUGAGUAAACCACACACACACACCCACACAACUGUCAAAACAUAUGCAAGAAGAGAGAAGUGUAUUGAAGGGUAAAAAAACUGAAGUAAAGGAAAAGCGACACAUUGUGAUCCCUUCUCUGAGUCGGCCGCAAGUGUGUUUAGCAACACACUCAGAUGUGAAGACAGCCCAAUUAUCCGGAACCGGUGAGAAAGGAGGAUAACUUGUCGUUAUCGUUUUUAUCGUUUUUUUAUGUCGUUUUCUCAAGUGCUGCGACCUGUUUUACCAAAAGUUGGUUUUGCAUAUCCCCUAUUAUUCAAGUGGCUGGUGAGCAAAAAAGUGAAUGUCAACCCCUAAAAACAAGUAAACAGAGCGAGGCUCAAAAUAUGCAAAGAUCUCUUGAAACUAGUGUGUUUUAACUAACUACACCUAUAGAAAUAUGGUAAUUUUUAUUCUAAGCAAAACUUGCACGUACCCAGUAAUAAAAUGUCACUAAUAAGUUCUAAUAACAACAGGAAGAAAUAUCUUGGCAGACAAAGAAAAAGCAUAUCUUACCUUGAAUCUAACCAAGAUUUAAAAAAAAAUCCAAUCAUAUUUUAACUCGAAUCUAACCAAGAUUUAAAAAAAAAAAAAAAAAACUGAAAUCAACGUAAACUAUACCUUAAUUUGAGGUUUUUUGUUUGUUUGUUUGUCUCCCCCCCCCCCCAUUUUAUUGUAGUUUUUGUAGGAGGCCUUUUGUGGAGACCAAUAUUUGUUUAGGGGGUCUGGAGAUCAGGUUUAGCGGGGUGGGGGGAUAUGACAAUAAACCUUAGCCGUAACCACAUACUACCAAAGAUUUGGGGGGGGGGGGCUUGACAAGUUUUUAGAGGGGAUGAAGCCCCUAAAAUAGGCCUAGCGACGCCACUGGUAUGUUGUGCCAAGAGACGUCUGGGUAUCGCACAAAAACCUCAGUAUAGCAAAGAAUUUUAAUCUGGCUUUUUGUUGAGGGGGUUUUGACACACGUGUUCCAAAAAAAAAAGAUUGUUAUGUGUGCUAAAUAAGUGCAAUUUCAAGUUGUCACGUGUGUCGUCGCUUGUUAGCUUUACGGUGGUUAGCUUCUUUUUACAUUUGUAUAAGAAGUAAGAAUAUAAAAAAAUUCUCACCCUUGCAUUACAGUCAAGUGAGAGUGAGUGUUUUAUUAUUUUUUUAACAGUGAACGUUGCUCACUUAUUUUUACACUUGUAAUGCUUAGAAUAUCGACUGUACAGUUUCUGAAGGUUUUAGACGGCAACAGUUUGACCCAGCAACAAAUAAAAUCAGUGGCACCACUGUCAUUUAUUAUAUGUUGAUAUUUUUCGACACGUUUUUGUUUGUUUUUCUUGUGUGCUGGUAUUUUGGUAUCAUUAGUUAGUAAUAAAUUGUAAGAUCCCAAGCAAAGUAUAUAGUAUGUUGUCCGAGACAGUAAAUACUGUUGCACCCUAGUCUUUUUCCUGGUUUUAUUUGGUCCAAAGGUUUGCCAUCUAGCUUAAACCUUGAUACAUCGCACCCUGACUCACUCAUUUGUUUUCAAGCUGAUUAGCACAAUAUGAUUGAAAUUAACAAUGCAACUCUCAAUGAAACUACUCAAUUGUAGUUCAUAUUUACUGGAGGGUCUGAACACCAAGCUGCGCAAAGCCCUUGUGUUAAUUUUAUUUUUCCGAUGAAUAAGUCGCAUUUUGAGGGGGCUUCAACUGGCACGAAAAUUCAGCAAUUUGUGUGUAUCCAGGUGAAGUUGUACUGUGUGUAUCGCGGGGGGAUACAUUAAGACCCACCUGUGAUAGGUGAAAAAAAAUAAAUCAUAUUUAUUUUUAGUUUUACGACUCCCACAUGCUUCAAACAUGUUUAACCAUACAGUAUGAAAACAGACAAACUUAUUAAGGCACAUUUUUAAAAACUAUUCCUUUCCACCCAUUCCCACUCUCUUGCUCGCACAGUCCUCCAAAUAGAAGGCAAAGCAUGCUUGCUUCAAGCUGUUACUUGAAGUUUACUGUAAAACCGACAUAUACAACAUAAGAGAAUUGAAUAUUGUAGCGUACUGCAUGUUUAAAAACAAAAAUGUUCACGCAAACCACGUAAUUUCAUCUAACAAAGUCUACUAAGUUUAAUUCUAACAUAAUGUUGAACGCCAUAGACGGGCGAAUGGAAAUUAACAUAUUGUUAUGGUAAUUAUGAACCUUCAAAAAACUGCUACUUUAACUCACGUAGAGCAGCAACACAUACAAGCAGAGCAUACAGCAAUACCCGCAGGCAUAUAUUCUUUUCCCUGUGGGAAUAACGAAUAUUAAAGCAGCAAAACUGUAUACUGUAAAAAUCCAGCGGUCAUUCGAACAAUGAACCGCGAUAUAGCGGGGGUUCGCUGCAUUUGUAACCUGACCCCACCCCCGUUAAAAAGCAGUCAGCAGUGGCGCCACCUGGUGAGUUACAAAAAAUUACACCCAUCUCACACAAGUUUGACUAAAUUUAGUGGGCAUGUUUUUUUUUUUGUUUUUUUUUGCAUGGCUGGAGCAUGGCGUAAAAGUUAAAUGAUUGUUUCGAGGAUUGUUUCCACCUCCUUUUUUCUUAUCCUAACGAUUAAAUCAAAUAAUAAAAACAAGUAAGUAAGGCACACCUGGCGUGACCCUGUUACAAAGUCCAGCAGGACUAUCAUCCCGCGUUUAUUUUGUGUUAUCUGGACGCCAUUGGCGGUGUGAACAGACUUACUACUGUGCUUCCCCAGUAGUUAUCAGUGUGUAGGUUGGCUACUCCAACGUGAAAACAUGAAAAAAGCCUUCUUCUUCUUCCUUUAAAAUCAUUUUCACAUCGCAUUAUUAGCCUCUCUCCGCUAAGUCAUGUGACAGGUUUGUGACAACAUGGCAGAGACUCCUGGACUUUGCCUCCUCGAGUACAACUGUCAUGCUUCAUCAGUAUAUAUAGGCAGCACAAUCAGCAGCCAGUCACACUUGACAAAGAGACACACAACUACACAAGAGUAGGUAAGAAUUUUGCAGGCCUUCUUGUAGAAGAUCAUUGUAAAUGUGCUCGCAUGUUGAUGAACUUCAACCAAAAUCAUGUUUGUUUUUCCAGCAGUCAUGAGGAUCUUUGUUUUGCUCGCGUUGGCUGUGAUUUCUGGCUGCAAUGCCAACCUCUUCCACGCCGACGCCCCCAAGCCUCCGAUGGAGGCACUGACCGACGCCUUCUGGGACUACAUCGCCAAGGCCAGCAAGACUGCCGACGACACCCUGGAGAUAGUGAUGAAGUCGCAGUUUGGAGCAGAAGUCAACGCUCACUUGGCCGAGACCGCCGAUGUGGCCAGCAGGUACGCCAGCACCCUGAAGGAAAAACUCCCCUCGGCCGCCCACGGCCUGAUGGCCAAGAUCAGCGCCGAGGCCGACGUCUUGAUGAACGUGGUGAGCCAGGACCUGAGCUCAGUCGGCAAAAAGCUUGAGCAGUACUCCAACACCUUGAAGUCCCAGAUCCAGGAGAGGGUGGAGCAGCUGAAGCGGGAGCUGAACGCUUACGCUGACAACGUAGAUUCAGACGCCCUGAAAGCCACUAUCGUGCAGAGCAGCCAGGAGCUGAUGGCCGGCCUGCAGCUCAGCAUCAUGGAUCUGGAGAGCAAGCUGGGCCCCUACACGGCAGACUUAAAGAGACACGUUGACGAGCACCUGAUGGCCUUCCAACGCAACAUCGGCCCCAUGACCUACAGGUUCCAGGAUGAGCUGAGCUUCAGGAGCAGAGAGGUGCAACGCCUGGUGGCGCCCUAUGCAGAAGACCUGAAGGAGAGGUUGGACCAUUUUACAACGGACCUCCAGCAACAGCUCAGGGCCCAGUACAAGUCCUUGGUCAACUAAAUGAAACCCGAGCGCAAGAUUCUCUUUGAAAUGUCUUCCCAAUUGUACUGUCGCUCCAAUCCAAUUUGUAUUUAUUUCUUAGUUCAAUUGCUCAACAAAUAUUUAUUGUUUUUAAGUCUGUUGCUGCUGCUGAUGUUUUUUUAAAGCAAAAUAAACAGAAGAAAUAUAUUUCUUCAACAGAAGAAAUAUAUUUAAGACGAA